AUGAAGAAAUCCUUGUUUUUCAAGAACAACUAUAGAAUGCUGAGUACUAUCGUGGGCAAUUCUGCUGGGAAAUUCCUGAAAUCCAAUCCAUCGGCAAUCACGAUCGAUUCCACCUGGUAUUUCCCCAAUGAUCCUAGAGAUGCAUUUGCAGAGUUCACAAAACAUCGCCUCACCAAUAAGACUGUUUUCUUCGAUAUCGACGACAUCAGCGACCACUCAAGCCCAUUUCCCCACAUGCUUCCGUCGAAAUCGCAGUUUGAGUCCCAGGUCAGCAAAUUGGGCAUCCGAAAUGAUUCUCCGUUAUUGAUUUACGAUAGGAGUGACGUCUAUAGCUCGUGCAGAGCUUCGUGGAUGUUUGAGAUUUUUGGCCACAAUUUGGAAAAAAUCUACUUGCUUGACACUUUUGCCCAAUCAGACGUCUCCACAGAUCAACCAAUUGAUUCUGCAUCCCAAUUACCAGAAUCAGAAUACAAGGCUACGUUUGAUAAAUCCAAAGUAGUUUUAUUUGAGGAGCUGAAGGAGCUUGUUUUGUCAGACAAGAUAGGAAAAGACUACAACGUUGUCGAUGCAAGAUCUGGUCCAAGGUUCAAAGGCGAAGCUCCAGAAAUCCGACCAGGCUUAUCAUCGGGACACAUCAAAAAUGCAAUCAAUAUUCCUUUUACCGAUUUUCUGACCUCUGAUAAGAAAUUUAAAUCCGCCAGCGAAAUUUUGGAACGCGCUACGGCCGCAGGGCUUGACCAGUCGAAACCUAUUAUUGUUAUGUGCGGCUCCGGAGAUGGCCGUUUACGAUGGUUCCUGGACCGAAUGGGCCACUAG